CCCUGUGACGCACCGACUCCUAGUCUGUUAACAGAUAUUAACACAAAGGACCUGUGUGUGUAUAUCGCAGUGUCACUUGUCGCCUAGACAGAAAGAUGAGCAAAACAGGUAAAGAGCUGCUAAUCAUCUUUGAGCAGGAGGCAGAGCAGUGGGCCUUAUACAUACGCUCCAUCCUGGCAAAAUCUGUUCCAGAGACCGGUAUAUGUUGCUACAACAUUGUAUCCAGUCGGCAAGACAACUUUCUGGAGCUGAAUGGCUACAAGUGCAAACUGCUCAUCCUGUCGCAGGGUAUGCUGGAAGGCAUGUGCCAACUGUACCGCUUUUUCUUAGCACGUGUGCUAAGGCCUGAGACAUGUGUCGUGGUGCUGCUGUGUGGUGUCGAAAGCCUGGAUCCCCUACUAGAACUCAUUCCUCUGAAGGGUGAAGAAUGUCUGCAGAUCUCGAGUGAACAUGAUGCACAGGAGUACUGCUCAGCUGUGCUCGACAUAAUUCAGAGAGGUGGACAGAUGUCAGGAGACACGAGAAUUCCUCAGGAACCAAAACUGGACAGAAGACAUUCUGCUGGUGCCAGAUCCUCUCUUCUAGUCCUGCCCACUCAUGUUUCUUGUGAGAAUCCUGGGGAGGUUUUCCUUCUCCUGCGGCAGGCCAUAGCUAGUAAAGACUUGGAAGUGGAGUUCAGUGGGAGCAAGCAGAAAGUGAGAGUAAAGCCAAAAAACUGGAAUGAGAGCACUCUCAGUGUGACUGCUGCAGAAUUUCCUGCUGGAAAUGUGGCUGUAACGCUCUACUGUGGAGACGUAGUGAAGGGAAGCACACACCUACACUACUACAACACUAUGGGAGAGAUUUCCCGCUUGCUCAAGCAGGCUGCAGACCCGAUGAACUUCAUGUGUCAGGCUUUUCAGUCAUCCUCCUCAGAGAAGCUGGAUCACAUUCUAGCAGCAUGUGUGGUGAAGAAGAUGCCUACUGGAGGUUUCCAAGGACUGCAGGCUGAUCAGACUCUGGCUAGAGUAUCCACCUCGGAGGACAUCCCAACUCUGCUACACUUUGCGGCACUGUACGGGCUGAAAGAUCUAGCCAGUGUUCUUUUACAGUGCCCUGGAGCUCAAGAAGCCAUGAGAAGCACCAACAGUUCAGGACACACACCUCUGAUGCUAGCACAUGCCAACGGACACUCGCAACUCCAAGUCCUUCUGCAGGAAUCACUGGCAAAGAGCAGUGAUGAUGACACGAGUGUGUACGAGAUGAUGGGCAGUACUGUGAAUCUGCGGGUUGCUGACAGCCGUGAUCAGCCUCACACAGGGGGAGCCGGAGAUGCUAAAGCGCAGGUGGAGAACGACGACGAUGACAAUCCUUAUACGCUUGAAGUGAAUGAUGAAGAAUAUGACACUAUCUUGAACUCCAGCUCCACAACGGUGAUGACCAACCGCCCUCCUGCACCUGCUCCUCGACCUAAAGGUCUCCCGAGCAAGGAGGAGAACAUGCCUUACAUAGCUCAGGUGUUCCAGAAGAAAAUCCCCCAGGGAGACUCUGAAACUCUCUACUCUUUUUCUGCUAAGCAAACCAGAGGUCAAGACUCAUGCACAUAUGACACCUUUAUGCCGGGUCCAGCGCCAGGACUGGAUGAGCUCAUUAAACUGCAGGAGCAGGUGAAGAAAGGAUCACUCAGCGUGGACGAGGCCCUGGAGAGAUUCAGUGACUGGCAGAGGGUUCAGAAAGGAUUAGAUGGCAUCCAACAGGAAAAACUACGGCAGUUGCGUGCAAGCAUCAUGAAUAACAGAGAGGAUGAUGACAGUGUCUACGAUAAAAUCAACAUCGUUCAUCACACGCCAGCUGCAACUACAAAAGAACGCCGAAGAGGAAGUCAGCAAUCAGAGAGGGAUUUCUACAGCAAACCAGUCAAAGGACAGAAUUCAAAUUUCUUUCGGAAAGCAGACAAGAGAUAAAAAAUAUAUGAAGACAGUUUCAGGCUGUUCAACAGGAGGCACACCGGCAGCAUCCAAUGUGGAACUGUGACAUUAUCUGAAAGGAA